AGCAGCUGGAUAUGCGCGAACCGUGACCGGCAAUUAUUCAUCAUAUUAAUUUUUUAAUAAAAGGGGAGCUGUUUAUACAAGCGUUAAAGUCACUAGAGACUAGUGCACGGGUUGUUUUUUUUAAUGUCUGAGAAAAAAUAUAAGUUUGCUAGCCUGGCAUUAGCUUCACGUAACUGAGGAGUUAGCCUGGAAGCUAGCUAAGUAGGUGAUGAUAGCAGCGUCUCAGCCGCUGGAGCUCCUUUUUUUUUUUAAGCUAUUGUUAUAGACGUUUGUCAGUCGGCAAAAAUUCACUUCUGACCGGUUGACCCGCACUGAACAACACGUGUAAGAUAAGUUAUUACCCUGGCUUUGUCUGUUCCAGUAGUUAUGUGACAUAGAUGUAGCUGGCGUGUCUGUCACUAAUGUUAGCUCGCAGAUCAGAGGAAUCCAGGUCGAGUCAGGAAGGGGUUCUCUUCUGCACGGACCUUCUAAACCAGAUAUUGUUUUCUUUAGUGUUCCAGCUCGGUUUUAAAGUUUUUGGACGGGGCAGCUGGAGCUACGCAGUACGUUAUUGCAACUUCUAGUAAGCCGUUUGAGCGAUGGUUUUACAUCUCUAAUGACGAAAACAGCCGUGUCUUCAUGGAUGUCUGAAGUAGGAGAAUGAGUGCGCGCUUGCGAGGGACAGGAUGCUGCCAUCUUUCACCGAAGACUGUCCUGCUUAAUAUAUCGAUUAGCUGACCAUCAACUGCUGGAGAGGACUGGGGAGCCCACAGAGGCUCUGCAUGAGAAGCUACUGCCCCCGGCUUUAUUAAUUAGUCUAUCAGCUCUUCUGUCCCAUGGCUGCUGUUAUUGGGGUCAACAUGCUGCCCCAGCUCGGAGACGCAGCACUUGCAGGUCCAGGGGGAGCAGGGCUGCCCGCCGUGUCCCUCACCAACACGUCGGUGUCUUCCAGCCCUACGCCAGGUACCGAUAACCGGGGGUGCGAGAAUGGCGCCUUGAUGGACUCGUUUGGGAUUUUCCUGCAAGGACUUCUGGCCGUGAUGGCUUUCAGCACGCUGAUGUUGAAACGCUUUAGGGAGCCCAAACAUGAGAGGAGACCCUGGAGGAUCUGGUUCCUGGAUACCUCAAAACAGGCCAUAGGGAUGUUGUUCAUCCACUUUGCUAAUGUCUACUUGUCAGACCUCACAGAGGAGGAUCCGUGUUCACUAUACCUCAUUAACUUCCUGUUAGAUGCUUCUCUGGGCAUGUUGUUGAUCUAUGCUGGGGUGAGGGCUGUCAGCGCUAUUGUAGAGUGGAGGCAGUGGGAUUCUCUGCGCUUUGGAGAAUACGGAGAACCAGUGCAGUGCACAGCGUGGUUGGGCCAGUGUAUUCUCUACAUCCUCAUCAUGAUGUUUGAGAAAGUACUUAUCAUGCUGGUCCUCCUCAUUCCGCAGUGGAAAAAGCUGGCUCUCCUCAACCCCAUAGAGAAUCCUGACCUGGAACUGGCCAUCGUCAUGCUCAUCGUUCCGUUCUUCAUUAACGCCCUCAUGUUCUGGGUGGUAGAUAAUUUUCUAAUGAAGAAGCACAGGACAAAAGCGAAGCUGGAGGAGAGAGAGGAGGAAUCUCGGGGGAACAGCAAGGUGCGCUACAGACGAGCUCUGUCCCAUGAUGACUCAGAGUCAGAGAUCCUUUUCUCAGCAGAUGAUGAAAUGGAUGAGUCAGAUGAAGACGAUGUUCGUCGGUUAACUGGCCUGAAGACGGUGAAGAAGAAGAAGCUUCGCAUGGGGAUCCCUCCAGGCGAGGUGAAGAAGAAGAAGCGUCCCCCGAUGAAGGAGGAGGACCUGAAAGGAGCCCGCAGUAAACUGGGACUAAAGGGCGAGGUCAAGAGUAAGACCUAUGAGGUCAUGGUGGAGUGCGAACGUAUGGGCAAAGUGGCUCCGUCUGUGUUCAGCGGCGUGAGGACGGGGACGGAGACGGCCCUGGACAAGCCUGCUGCAGCCAAAGCGCCUGGAGCCAGUGUGUUCAGCAAGUAGACACACUGCAGGAUAAAACAGAAAGCACUGAAGAAGCACACACUGUAGUCUUUAAGUUUUUGAGUCAAUGGUUUGACUGCAUAAUAUGAAUUGCUAAGUGUGUGUGUGUUUUGUUUUUUUUCAUAUUUUGAAUUAAAAGUCAGUGGAGUUUAGGAGAGAUAAUGGGUUUUUUUUGUGCUAGUAGUGUGUGUUAACAUUACUGCUAUGUAAGCAGUUAUUGUACUUUGUAGUUUGGACAGUGACUCAGACUUGAAGAAUGACUCAGCUUUUUAAAUGUGGCUGAUGAGCCGUAAAUGAGUUAUAACAUUUAUUUAUCAGUGGUGACAAAGCAUUUUUUUUAACACAUUAGCUUAUUUGUUCAGUUUUGUACCU